AGUGUAAAACAAUAGUUUUCAGACAUGGACAAUAGGGCAGUCAUCCCUAAGAGAAGAGAGACAAGCCUCACAAUUGCCCAACAAUCUUCUUAGAAAGUUUCCAGGCCAAAGUCCAGGGAAGAAGAAUUUAAACAAAAUCCAGCAGUUCCUUGAGUAAAAGGAGACAGAGUUCAGAGUCUGGGGAAAUCAAGGCAUGUAGAAUUCACAGCACUGAGAUACAAAGUACCAGAGAGGAGAGAACUGAAGAGAGAGAGAGUGUGUGUGUGCUAUAGAAAUAUACAAGAAGAUUUCUCUGAAGUCUUGGUUGACAGUACAUGUAUGCAAUGAAACUAUGGAGGCCAGAGAAAUAACCAACAGAAGGUAGUAGAGUCAGAUAAAGUUCGAGUUCCCACCAGCCAAAGUGGAAACACCUCCUAAGGCACAGGGCAUUGAGUAGUGCGCUCAAAAGUAUAUUGCCUCAGUAGUGGAGCCAAAUUAGAACUAGACUCAAAGAUCCUCUGGACCCAGAAAUAUAAUGCAUAACCAAAAGAAAAUUAGUCAAUACAAACAAAGAAAUGGCAUUAAUGAGAGAAUUAGUAGACAAGACCAUUAAAACUAUUUUAAAUAUUCUCCAUGUAUUCAAAAAGAUAGAGGAAAACAUGAGCAAGAUACAGAGAGAAAUGGAAGGAUAAAAAAAGACAAAAAAAAAAAAGACCAAAGCUGAACUUCUAGACAUAAAGGAUACCACUUCUAAAAUGAAAAUGGUCCAAUGGAUGGAAUUAACAGUAGCUAAAACACUGAAGAAAAUAUUGUUGAAUUUGAAGACAUAGUAAUAGAACAAUACAAAAUAAAAGAAAAAAACUGAAAAGGAAAACAGUGAAUAGUGAGUUGCAGACAACAUCCAACAGCCUGACAUAAGUAUAAUUAGAUUUGCAGAAGGAGAGGAGAGAGAUGAGUAAACAGAAAACAUAUUUGAAUAAUGGCUAAAAUUUGACAAAGUUAAUGAAAUUUCCAAAUCCACAAAUACAAGAAUCACAAUGAGCCCCAAGCAGAAAGAAGAAAAAGGAGAAGGAGGAGAUGGAGGAGAAGACCAUACCAAGGGAUAUUACAAUCAAAUUUCUUAGAACCAGUAAAAAAGAGAAAAACCUUAAGAGCAGCCAAAGGAAAAAGAAACAUCACAUACAGAAAAAGAAAGAUAGCAGAUAUCUCAUCAGAAACAAUGGAAGACAGAACUUACAAGGUGCUUAAUGUACAGUUCCAUUUUUAAGACAUCUGUAAAAGAGGACAUGCAAAAACAUAAAACUGCAAUGAAGACUAUGGGACCACCAAAAGUUGAAGUACCUUCUCCAAAGGAUUUCCUGAAGAAACAUUCAAAGGAAAAAACUCUACCACCUCAAAAAAAGUUUGAUCGGAAUGAGCCCAAAAAGCCUCCCGUGCCCCUGAGGACUGAGCAUCCAGUUAUGGGAAUACAGAGUGAAAAAAAUUUUAUAAAUACAAAUGCAGCCGAUGUCAUCAUGGGAGUGGCUAAAAAGCCUAAGCCAAUUUAUGUUGACAAAAGGACUGGAGACAAGCAUGAUCUUGAAACCUCUGGACUAGUUCCAAAAUACAUCAAUAAAAAGGAUUAUGGCGUCACACCAGAAUAUAUAUGUAAGCGAAAUGAAGAAGUUAGGAAAGCCCAAGAAGAAUAUGAUAAUUAUAUCCAGGAAAACCUUAGGAAAGCAGCUAUGAAAAGGCUGUCCGAUGAAGAAAGAGAGGCCGUUCUGCAGGGGCUGAAGAAGAACUGGGAGGGGGUGCAGAAGGAGUUUCAGUCCCUCUCGGUGUUCACCGACUCCAUCCCAAAGAAGACCCGCAAGCAGAAGCUGGAAGAAGAAAUGAAGCAACUGGAACAUGACAUCGGCGUCAUCGAAAAGCACAAAAUUAUUUAUAUCGCCAAUAAGUAAUAAUAGAUUUAAAAAAAAAAUAGAGUCAUUUUAACAUAGGGGGAAAAAGUGAAACUUUGCCUUUCAAAGGGGAAAAUACUAUGAAGAGAAUAAAAAUAGUUUUGACCAAAAUGCUGAGGCAAUGAUUAAAGGAUAAUCGAAUUAUUCGACUGA